AUGGCUUCCCUACUCAACCACAACGAUCCCCAAUCUGAACAGCCCAAUGUACUUGCAUCUACAACAGCGACCACAAAGCGUGUGGAUUUCGUCAGCGAUUUGCCAUGGGAGAUUGUAAAGUACAACCUUGUGCCAAGAAUCUUGGGAGAGGUCCGUUUGAUGAUUCACCUCGACCGCCCUAUCGCUUACAUGAGGGUGUGCAGCAACUGGAGCAAGCGAAUCCUAUUAGCUGAUGAUAGCAUCUACUUUUAUUAUGGUGAUGAAAUCUAUCCGGAUGAUGACUAUGACAUACGUACGAGGAUGAUGGCACCUUACAUAAAGUGGCUCUCGAUACGCAAAUGCAGCGAAGAACAUAUUGGACGGCUACUCAAAUGCGGGAAGCUUGUGAGGUUGAAUCAUUUGUAUAUUCCAUGCAACCCACAAGUAUAUCGACGUUUUCAUCAGCUACUCCAAAUCAUCCCCACCUUGACGCAUUUGAAUAUCGAUUAUGGCCGUUUUGGAACACCAUUAGCAAUAUGGGAUGUACUGGACCAGUGCCCAAAGCUUAUUCGAUUGAAGAUUGAUCUUCACUUGUAUGCAACCAUGGAUACAGCCAACUCACAGGUCGACCGUCCCUAUGGCAACGUUACUCAUUUACAAGUGAUAUGUUGGGAUCCGAUGAAAAAUGACAUCUACAUUCCUCUCAUCAAGCGUUUACCCAAUUUGUGUCUUUUGGCCUUAACGCUCUCAUCGUCUCCAGCAGGCCUGAAUAUUAUCCAGCAACAUUGUCCAAAACUGCAAGGGCUCUAUUUGAGUCAGCGGCGAGUCAAUGAUGUCGGCCUGGAUGAGAUUAGCCAACAACAGCAGCAACAACAGCAGGAAGGAUUGAGAUUACUAUCACUAGCUGGAGGCACUUACGAUGAAGAUGACAUUGCGGCGUUGAUGGUCCACAACCAUGAUACGCUCGAAUCGAUCGUGUUAGAAGGCCAGUUUUUUACAAUCACACCUACAAGAGCUUUGAGAAAAGAUCCUGUUCAAUUCAACAAUCUUCGAUCCUUGAGCUAUCGAUAUCAACCCCAUUACCGAUCCAUCGACUUUUAUGAAUGGAUUCUUCAAUGUGCACCCAAUCUUGAAUCAGUGGAAACUGUCAAUGCAGCAACACAACGUCAUGUCUUGGAUCGUACAUUCAGUGAUGAUGGGCCAUUGAAAAGGAUUGGAUUAUACUGUGCAAGGGAUGAGCAGCAGCCAUAUGAGCGUCAGUUCCUUAAGCGUCAUAUACAACGUGGUGUGGAGUCUCGUCUCGAGCACCUAAAGUGCACUCUGGAGCGUACGAUACGGGAUCGUACGUGGGUUUACCUCAUCCCACAGCUGAACCAAUUGAAAACGCUCGAAGUAGCCUUCACAGCAGACGGCAAAAUUCACGAAUUGGGGAAGUUCCUUAAGCAAGUUGCGUGUGGUUGCACAGCACUUGAAAAGGUUAUAUUCAAAACAAAGUACUUCCCUCCUAGCUCUGAAUGGAUAUUGCAUCUCGCUACACACCGCACGCUUCAGCAUCUCGUGAUUGAUACCGAGGAUAUACCGGAUGAUCUUACAACUCACCUCGAAGCCUUUGGACAUCUCAAAUCAUUGCACCUUAAUCACGACAUCACCGCUUUUGGUCCCAUAUUAGAGUUGAAACGCAAGCUGCCCUUUUUUACAUUUGAACAUAGGCACGAACCCAAGUAG